CCUAUAAAUGUUCACCAGCUCACCCGGAGCAAAGAAACUGCCUUAACUGUAGAACAGAAAGGAAGAACACUUUCCAACACUUUUUUAGUCAUUUAGACAUCAGCCAAAGGAUGACCGGGAGAUCUUUAAACCGAAUCUGCAAAAUUGGACUGCUCUUUAUUUCCUUGGUGAUGCUGUCCUACUUUCCGAAAAGUGCAUCAGUCAGUCUCGAUUUAACUGAGCUGAGAAACAAAAUUUCAAAAAUCAAAGUAAAUCCACGGGGGAAUCUUUGGGCAACAGGACAUUUUAUGGGUAGGAAGAGUAUUCCAGACAGCUAUGUAGAGUCAUCCGAGCUGAAGCUGGAGCAGAGAGCCAUGCAGGUUCCCCAGCAAAGGACAGGUCCUGUCGACCAGGACAUGGACUUUGUGGUAAAGCUUUUGAAAAACUACGUUGCAAAAAGGAAAAGAUAGGAAUUUCUCAGUUUUUCAUCCACUGAUUAUACGGACAUUUCUGCUGAAACACAGCAACAUCCGCAGUGCUUUACUUCCAUUUUACAACUGCCUGAAUAGGGAGCUGGGAUCCACUUAACAUUUGCUGCUGCUUUUUUCAUGACUAAUAUCCAACAGGGCAUCUUUUGAUAUCAUGCAUAUGAUGCAUUUUAGAUUAUAGUUUUUUAUAUUCAAAUAUUAAAAGACACAUUUUAAAAUGUUUUUAAUUGUUGUAAUUCACUUAAAAUGUGUAAAUGAAGUUGACAAGUUACUACAGUUGCCUCUGAAUGUAAAGGUUCAUACUGGGUAAUGUAGUGGGUCAACUGGUAACAAUCUGAAAAUAAGACAGAAGUCUACAUUGUGGAGUUUCAGGUCAUAUUUAUUUAACUAGAGCUUUUAACAAUGGGUUUUGUUACAAAGUGGAUUUACAGAUAUCUGCAUCCAAACCAUGACUGAGCAGCCCAGACAACAGGGGCAGAAGUGGAGAAAGUAUUCUGAUAAUGAUACUUGUGUGUGUUUUGGAUACUACAUAGAGCUAAAACAUCAUUUAUUACACACAGAGAUAAUCCCAGUGCCGUUUUACGCUGUAAAGAUACUGUUGUUUUAGGUCAUUUGAACAGUUUAGAUUUAGAAGGAACACAUAUCUGUCUGUUGCAUGUAGAUUCAUUCACUCAUUUAGAAAUGUGCUGAUAUAGCCAGACCUACUUAAAUUUCCCUCAUCUGACAAUUAAACACACUGUAUAUGUUAGAACAUAUGUCAAUGCAUUUCACGGUUUUGACAAUGUUAAAAUUUCAAUGUUGUGACAACAAAACAAUACCAGCUGUGGUGUUUUAUUGCAACUAAACAACACAAAAUCUGUUAUUACUGAAUCAUAUGAGCAUAUUCAUUUAAUUUCCAGAAAUCCACCUUGCUCAGUGUUCUCAGCCCUGCAAACAUGUGUGACACAAGCCUUGCAACUCCAGUGCAAAAAUAAAAAUGUUACAACAAC